GCUGCUGUCUAGAUACCUCAAUUCAAUCGAAUGAAACAUGCGGUGGCAUUGAAGACUCAUCUUUGAGAACAGGAGAGCGGCCCAUAAUGAAGGAGCUGAAGGAGACCUCUCUCGAGAGGUCAGACACACGAUCGGUAUUGAUGAAGUUUGUGGAUAGACUCGUAGCUCGGAAAAAGCCCAUGGCUUCGUCGACGGGAGUCAGUGUACCUGUUUAUCACGAGCGUCAGCUCAAAGAGUUGUGCGCCCUCCACGCUCUAAACAACCUAUUCCAAGACGCCAAAGCUUUCAACAAAACAGCUUUGGAUCAAAUAUGCCACAGCUUGUCACCUGAUCACCUUGUCAAUCCACACAAAAGCGUUCUAGGCCUCGGGAACUACGAUGUAAAUGUUAUUAUGGCAGCUCUACAGAGCAAAGGAUUCGAGGCUAUUUGGUUCGACAAGAGAAAAGACCCCAUGAUGAUCGAUCUCUCGAAAAUUCUGGGCUUCAUCCUCAACGUCCCAAACGAGCUCAAAUUAGCUUUUCUGCAGUUCCCUCUGUCUCGGAAACACUGGGUUGCAGUGCGAGAGAUCCGCCAGCUCGUCACCGAGCCCUUCCCUUGUGAGUUCUACCCUGGAUCCCGACCGCGCGGGGAGCCGGCCGGUCUGUUUUUCAAUCUAGAUUCGAAACUCGAUGCGCCACAAUGUAUCGGAGGCGAGGAAGAAGUCGUGAAGUACCUCAGAGAGCAGGCUAAAUCGAAAGACCGCGAGAUUUUCAUCGUCGUCCGGCAGGACAUCGGCAAGGAGUGCUACAAACCUCUUCUGAGAUGA